AUGGCGAAAAAGAAGAAGCCCGCUGGAAAUCCCGCUCGAGGCUUCGCAACAACAUCAGUUGCGAGCAAGCCAAAGCAAGAGAAGGCUGCUGCUGACGCCACAGCGAAGGAGGUUGCGCAGACGCCCUCAAAGGAAAACGCAGCCGCGCCCCAACUGGACACCUGCAAUCAAGCGUCCCAAGACGUCGAAGGUCCGAAGCAGGAGGUCGUCCAAACUCCGGAAGAGUUCGAGGCCCAGCUAGAGCGAGAUGAGCUCCAAUUGCUAGUCGAGAAGCACGCGCCCAAAGUCCGACGGGAAGCUAAUCGGCAUGUCUCAAAAUUCCAGACAGACCGUAGAGUCCUCCGUGGGCAGUCUCAUUCCAUGACUGUUCACGAUUGGCUCCCGGGCGAAAUCCUGGAUAGCAUUGUCUCUCUGGCCCAGGCUGAGUCCAAUGACUCGAACAGAAGGCAAGGGCAGCAAUCUUUGCUCAAGACGCUAACAGAGGAAGAUGCCUUGUGCAAGCUCUGGGCGCUCGAUCUAACCUUGCGUGAUCUUGGCUUUUCACACGACCACAUUCAGCCAGUCUUGAGAUGGCUAUGUGCUAAUGCUGCUAGCAUUGACACGUCAGCAAACAUCUGGGGAUUACAAGAAGCGCUGGAGUGGCUGGCUUUGGAUCAAUGCAAAGGGCACUCAUUCUCAUACGAAGAGGCUAAUACUAAGCGUUCUGCAAUCGAUACUCCUGAUGCGUCUCGCCCCGUUACCCCUGUCCCGGAUACGUCAAUCAACGAGGCCCUGACUCAAGAAAUGAAAGACCCCAAGGCAUCUAAAACUCCAACAUCACUAGUGCACACCCCUAGCAUUCCGACACCUGUCGAUUCAGAGAGCGGCGAUGUCUAUGUCAGUGACCUUGACAGUGAUCUCGAGCUCGAUGAUCUUGUACCAGCGUACUUGAGAAUCAAAGGUAAAUUGUUCGAGAUUGACCCGCAGCUCGUUGACGCAAAUUCGCGUAAGCAGACCAGGGGUGCUAAAUCGAGAAAGCCGGCCUCGAUGCCGAAUCAGAGUCUAGCGGUUCGCAAACUACUCUCUCAACUACAGCAGCUCACAUCAGAUGCUCUGUUUGAUGAGUACGAGGCUGAGGAGCAGUGGCCUGCGAAGCGUAACCAGAUUGCUCAAGUCCAAGCUGCAAAAAGACUGGAAAAAGAAUCACCGCCUACUGCUAAUAAGAAGCAACACGGAAACGUCCCUGAGAUACCUAUUGUGUUGACUGAAAAAGAGCCAAUACUAGCCGUAAACACAGCCGAUGUUGACGGUAGUGAAGAUGAUACUGAUCUGCUAGGGGCUAUGUUCUCUGCAAUUCCUGAUCAGCCAGUAACGAAGCAACCCGCGCUUGAUGAUAUCAACGCUGAAAAUGUUGUGCUACGGGACUUUGGCAAAGUUAGCGGCGUAACUCCACGAAAAGUGUUGGAGGAGGCGGUGCGUUCCAGGGAUCCAAACGCGCGCUUGACGUAUCAGAUGGUAUCGCCUACAGCGUAUUCGUGUCGACACUCAUUGACUAUCACAUGGUCCAAAGAUCAUGAUGUGGAGUACGACGAGGAUAUCAUCGGAGUCACAUGUUCAGUGCGUAACAGGCAGGCUAAAUAUGUGGCGACUACUACUGCCACCAUCUCAAUUGAUCAGAGCGAGAAUUACGUUUCUACAGCCGCCCUCUUUUCAAUCUCCGCCACCUCGACAAAAGAGGAAAAGGUGUAUUUAAGGCUCCCUUCGAACUGGAGAGAACUCUACAGAGAGUUCCUGGAGCAUCGUAGGACACGUUUAGACGCAGCGGAUCGAGAAGCCAUCAAGCACUACCGCUCAAUUAUCCAGGAUCAAAUCGAGACCGAAGAGUCGGAUGGCGUUGUGCUCACAAGUCGGUUCAAGAUGCGCAAUCAGGUAGCCACGAGUUCCAGCGCGUCGAAUUCAGGAUACAGCACACCAGUGCGGCAGGUUGACGGCCUUAGAGAACUGUGGGCGCAGAAGGCCUCGACCCCAGCGUAUCAGCAUAUGCUUGCUGGCCGAGCAAAUCUUCCGGUCUUUGGUUUCCGUGAAUCUAUCUUGUCGACUGUGGACAAGAACCAGGUCACAAUCAUUUGCGGGGAGACCGGCUGCGGAAAGAGUACGCAGAUACCGUCCUUCAUUCUUGAACAUGAACUCUUGCAAGGCAAAACCUGCAAAGUCUUCUGUACCGAGCCGAGACGUAUUUCGGCUAUCUCACUUGCUCAGCGUGUUAGCGAAGAGAUGGGCGAGGGCCCCAAGGACCUUGGAACACCACGUUCGCUGGUCGGUUAUGCUAUCAGGUUGGAGUCCAAGACAUCUUCUCAGACCCGACUUGUAUAUGCGACCGUGGGUGUGGUCUUGCGCAUGCUGGAGUCAUCUGGGGGCCUACAAGAAGUCACGCACCUCGUUAUUGAUGAAGUCCAUGAACGAUCGAUUGACACUGACUUUUUGUUAAUCAUCCUCCGCUCGUUGAUGGCAAGACGCCCGGAGUUGAAGGUCAUACUCAUGAGUGCGACGGUAGAUGCCGCGCGCUUUUCGAGAUAUCUGAACAACGCACCAAUUCUAACAGUGCCUGGUCGUACCUUCCCAGUCCAGACUCGAUAUCUAGAAGACGCAAUUGAGUUGACACACUAUGCUGGAGCACCGGGGACGUCCAAAAACGCCAAUACCAGCGACAAUGACGAUGACGACGAGAUCACGACAGACAAGUCGGGUAUACCCACAAAGCUCCCCGGUUACAGCCCUGCAACCCGAGAAGCGCUUUCCCAGUACAAUGAGUACGCCAUUGAUUACGAUCUCGUACUCCGUCUAAUCGAGUCUGUGGCAUUUGAUCCGCAGCUGAGCCGCUUCAGUCAUGCGGUUCUGGUGUUCUUGCCUGGUAUUGCCGAGAUCCGCCAGCUAAACGACAUUCUCGUAAGCCAUCCGUCGUUUGACGCAAACUGGUUCAUUUACCCACUUCAUUCUACAAUCUCGAGCGAGGACCAGCAGGCCGCGUUCCUCAUUCCGCCGCCUGGGGUACGCAAGAUCGUGCUUGCUACGAACAUUGCUGAAACCGGUGUAACGAUUCCUGACAUCACUUGUGUCAUCGACACUGGCAAGCACAAGGAGAUGCGGUUCGAUGAGCGUAGACAGCUUUCUCGCCUAACACAGUCGUUCAUCUCCAGGGCGAAUGCGAAGCAACGACGAGGUCGUGCGGGCCGUGUUCAAGAAGGGCUGUGUUUCCAUCUGUUCACUAGAUACCGCCAUGACAACAUCAUGGCCGAACAGCAGACUCCGGAGAUGCUUCGACUAUCUCUUCAAGACCUCGUCAUGCGCACAAAGAUAUGCAAAUUGGGCGACAUUGAAGCAACUCUUGCUCAAGCGCUCGAUCCUCCGUCGUCUAGGAACAUACGCCGCGCCAUCGACGCGCUCAUUGAAGUCGACGCACUUACCCCAGGCGAAGAUCUCACGCCGCUUGGACGUCAAAUUGCGAAACUGCCUCUGGAUGCGCACCUUGGCAAACUCGUGCUUCUUGCCAGCACGUUCGCUUGUCUCGAUGUUGCCAUCACCAUAGCCGCAAUACUCUCCUCCAAAUCCCCCUUUGUGACCCCGUUUGGAGCCAAACAGCGUGCUGACAUAGCACGUCUUGCGUUCAAAAAGGGCGAUUCCGAUCUUCUUACUACGUACAACGCGUACAAGACCUGGAGAGGGAUCUGUACCACACCUGGGCGAUCCGAAAUGCAAUUCUGUCACAAGAACUUUUUGAGUCCGCAGAAUCUAGGUAAUAUCGAAGACCUCAAGGCGCAGCUUCUGUCAUCGCUUGUUGAAGCAGGCUUUGUACAGCUCUCGCUGGAGGAGCGCCGUGCCCUCGGUCGCUACCGCAGCACUACACGUCACCGUACGUUCGUCGAAGUGCCAACGCAGUACGACAUACACACCGAUAACGACAUUCUCGUCAAUUCUGUAAUCGCUACUGCGUUCUACCCGAAAAUCCUCACCAGGGAGGGCAAAGGCUGGCGCAACAUUUCCAACAAUCAAACUGUUAGCCUAGCCCCGACUUCGGUGAACAAAGGCUCAUCAACUGCCAAGUUCUUGUCCUACUAUCACAUCAUGCAAUCUAGCAACAAGUUUUAUAAUGCGCACUCGACAUCCCUGGCUCAUCCGCUACCGAUGGUACUCAUGGUGGCGGCGGACAUGGACUUCAAGCUACAUGCUGGUGUGAUCAGCCUGCCGGGUAACGUGCUGCGCUUCGCCGUGAGGGACUGGAGGGCUGCUGUUGCAUUAAAGGUGUUGCGACGUCGGGUGAAAGAGAUCUUGGCGAACAGUUGGAAGAACCCAGCACGGCAGCUGAGCGAGCGUGAAAAGGAGUGGCUAGCAUUGUUCUAUAGGGUCUUCGAGGAGAGGUUUGAAAAAGACGAGCGAAUCAGGGAACGGGCUGGCGGAAAAGGCAAGUGA